GCGCUGUCGGCCUGGAUCGCCACAUCCAGGUCUUUCAGGACGCCCUCAUUCGAGAGUACCACGACGUUUUCCCAUCGUCGGUCUCGUACGUCGGUAUCCCACCGAUGCCCGACGUCGAGCACUCCAUGCAGCUUGUGCUUGACUAUCGUGUUCACCACCAGGCACUCUACAGACUCUCGAUUCCCGAGGCCACCGAACUCAAGCGUCAGCUUGAGGAGCUCCAAAGACUGGGUUUCAUUAAACCCCGCAACUCCCCGUGGGGUGCACUCGUCCUCUUUGCUCGCAAAGCGGAUGGAACUCUCCGUCUCUGCAUCGACUAUCGCGGUCUUAACCACUACACGGUUAAGAACAGCUACCCCAUGCCUCGUUUCGAUGAGCUGUUCGACCGCCUAGCAAGCAACCGCUUCUUUACGAAAAUUGAUCUUCGUAGCGGUUACCAUCCGAUCCGCGUCGCUGCAGCGGACCAGCCGAAGACAGCGUUCCAAUCUCGCUUCGGCCCCUACGAGUUUACGGUGAUGCCAUUCGGCCUCACCAACGCACCCGCUACCUUCCAGAGGGCGAUGAACGACAUCUUCAGGGACAUCCUGGAGCAGUACGUUCUCGUCUACCUCGACGAUAUCUUGGUCUACAAUCGUACCCUUGAGGAGCACCUCAGACACCUUCGCGAUGUCCUUGACCGCUUGCGCAGACAUGGCUUCUAUGCCAAGCUGAGCAAGUGAUGCUUUGCACAACACAAAGUGGGUUUCUUAGGACACUACGCGUCUGACCAGGGUCUCCACAUGGACGACG